UCUAAAUGAAUCUGAACUGUCUGAGCUUGUUACCACAGAAACAAACUUGAAGCGUUAAGGCAGCGAUGAGUCAGGGUUGUUUUCGCCUGAUCGUCGGGACACACCUUAAUCCCCUGCAGACCUGCAGCCUUGUCGAGAUGGCAGCCUGAAGUGUGUGUCUCCGCCGUUCAAAUCCGCACAUUAACAACCUGAAUGAACUUGUUCGCCGAUCUCCUUUCUGGCUCUUCUUAGGCCGUGUUCUCCAGCCGUCGGACUGCCGCAUCCUCUCCCUGCUCAGCGCUGCAUGGCAACGGGAGGAGGAGGCUGCGCGGGAUAAGGGAGGGUACCGCGGCCCCACGUGUCCUCCUCGCCGCAGACCCUUCGCAGUUCUGCUCGGUUUCCCAUCCCUCCGUUUCCGCAUACCGCACACACACAUAUACAACUCCAGCCAUACACCCUGCGCCUACUACGCAUCGGCGCAGCGCUGCGGAGCGAUGCAUCCGCGAUGCGCGCUCUCUUGUUCCUCGCCGAUCCCAUCGCCGAUCAGUCUGUAGGCCCGGAUCGAUUCAUUUUUCAUCUUUCUCAUAUGCAAAUCCGGACUCUCCGUGGCAGUGCUGACCGGAGCUGAGAGGGCGAGAGGUAGAGAGGGGGGAGAGAUGAGAGGACGCGCAUCAUCAGAUGUUUAGCAGAUUAACUUUGGAUCCUCGCCAUCAUCUCUGCUGUGCGUUUUUUGAUCUUUUUCCUCCUCUCCACCUGCCGGGCUUCUUGACAUUUGGCGGGGGUUCUCCAUGCGGUAAUCGGAGGGAAUAUGUGAAAAUCAUGCUGGCGGUGUGGUGCUUCAUGGUCUUUGGUGCAGUGGGCGAGAGGCUUGCGGUGUCAGGUGCAGACGGAGGACUGUGGGACUGGUUUGCCCCCUCAGGGCAGCUGGAUAAUGGGGAAACUGAGAUCACCUAUCCAAAGCGACUGGUGCAGCAGAUCAAGUCGGAGGAGGAAAUGGCUCAUGACUUCUUGGAUACCAGGGUGAAGAACAGCAGUGGGGACAGCUCGCCCGUCCACCUGGCUCUGAGCUGCUUUCAAGUCGAAGCCUUCGGACGCACCUUCACUCUUGACCUGGAACUAAACCAUCACCUGCUGUCUUCAGAUUAUGUGGAGAGGCACUUUAACUACAAUGGCAAACCACUUCAGUCUGUGGGAGGAGAGCACUGCUACUACCAAGGAAGACUAAGAGGUUUACCAGAGUCCUGGGCAGCUGUCUCCACUUGUCACGGCCUCUGUGGGAUGUUCUCUGACGGUUUCUACUCUUAUGGAAUUGAGCCUAUUCACAAUGCGAGCCGGAAGGUAGAAGGAGCUCACUUAAUUCGCAGGAUGCCCGAUAUCAGACUUUCCCAGCACUGCCCAGAGUGUACAGAGGACAGUGAGCAGGACAGCAGUGAAAGUGUUGAAGACGACGGUAGACCAGAGCAAACGGAGGACCGGCAAGUGACCGCGGGGCUGAGAAGAUCCAAGAGGUUCGUCCGCAGGCCCUCUGUUCAGACUGAGACCAAAUACAUUGAGCUCAUGGUGGUAAACGACUACGAUCUGUUUGUGCAGCUGCGUCGCUCGAGCAGCCAAACCAAAAACUUUGCCAAAGCUGUAGUCAACACAGCAGACACGAUCUUUCAGGAGCAGCUGAACACCAGGAUUGUCUUGGUGGCCAUGGAGACCUGGACCUCGGAAAACCUGAUGCCGGUCGUGGAGGACCCGCUACUCACGCUGCAGAACUUCAUGAAGUACAGGAAGGACAGCGUCAGGGAGCAGAGCGACGUUGUCCAUCUUUUCUCAGGGCGUACAUUUCACAGUAGCCGCAGUGGGACGGCCUACACAGGAGGGGUGUGUUCUCCAACGAAAGGAGGAGGAAUUAACGAGUAUGGGAGUGUCGGGGCGAUGGCCAUCACUCUGUGUCAGAGUCUUGGCCAGAACAUCGGGAUGAGAUGGAACAACGCAAGAGCCUCGGCAGGUGACUGCAGAUGCCCAGAUGCCUGGGUGGGCUGCAUAAUGGAAGACACCGGAUUUUAUCUGCCCAGAAAGUUUUCUCGCUGUAGUGUUGACGAGUACAUCCAGUUCUUGCUCCAGGGCGGUGGGAGCUGCCUCUUCAACAAGCCGAAUAAGCUGUUGGACCCUCCAGAGUGUGGAAACGGCUUUGUGGAGCCAGGAGAAGAGUGUGACUGUGGAUCCCAGGUGGAGUGUGCCCGCAGCGGAGGAGCCUGUUGUAAAAAGUGUACUCUUACCCAUGAUGCCAUGUGCAGCAAUGGACUCUGCUGCAGUGGCUGUAAAUAUGAGCUGAGAGGUGUUGCGUGUCGAGAGGCCGUGAACGACUGUGAUAUUCCCGAAACCUGCACAGGAGACUCCAGCCAGUGCCCUCAUAACGUCCACAAGCUGGAUGGUUACAUGUGUGACAACAGCCAGGGACGCUGCUAUGGUGGACGCUGCAGGACUCGUGAUGGACAGUGCAAAGGACUCUGGGGCUAUAAUUCAGCAGACAGGUUCUGUUAUGAGAAGCUGAACGCUGAAGGGACAGAGAAGGGGAACUGCGGUCGGGGGGCUGAAGGGAAAGGCUGGCUGCAGUGCAACAAGCCGGAUGUAUUAUGUGGCUUCCUUUUCUGUGCAAACGUCACAACAAAGCCAAAAUUUGGCGAUCUGCAGGGUGAGGUGACCAGCUUUACGCUCUACCAUCAGAACAAGUACCUGGACUGCAGAGGCGGCCACGCCCUGCUGGAGGAUGGCUCUGACAUGGGCUACGUGGAGGACGGCACGCCCUGCGGUCCCAACAUGAUGUGUCUGGAGAGACGUUGCCUCCCCGUCGCGGCGUUUAACCUCAGCACCUGUACAGGAUCUAAACUUGGACACAUUUGCUCUGACCACGGGACCUGCAGCAAUGAGGUGAAGUGCAUCUGUGACUGGGACUACACAGGAAAGGACUGCAGCGUUUUUGAUCCCAUCCCUGAGCCCACCGUCCCGACAGGCCCGGAGAAAAAAGGAACAUUCGAAGAGGAAGAUCUGGAGGAGGAUAAGAUCACUGUCUGUCUCUCUGUAUGUGUCCUGUCCAUGCUCGUCUUCCUCCUCGCACCGUGUCGUUUCCACGAUAAAGAAGAGGGGAAUGAAAAAAAAAAAAUGAACACACAAGUCUUCCAUUUCAGCCCCAGGAUCUCUCCAAAUCUACGUAGAUGAUCACUUCCUCCAAACCCCCGUCUGCUCCUUCCAUUUGUCCUCCUUUGGGACCCCCACCACCCUGGGGCCCAUGGGGCUCCUCUCUCGCCAUACCAGCCAGAUCACACUCAUGUGGCUGCUGCCAGCUGAGGAUUGUGUCCAGGCUUCACCUAAAGCAAGGAUGUGGCUGUCCCUGUGGGAGACGCCAGGGGUCCUUAUCCAGUCUAGAGGCCCUUUGAAUGUGCUUUGGUGUCUUCUUCUCACAGCUCAGACAUUCUGGGGGAAAAAAGUACACGUCGAUGGUGGACCAAUUUGAUAAGAGACUCAGACCUGCCACUAUUUCAGUCCAAGAUUCAAAGCUGGACGAGUGCACAGACCGAACUAAUGUGACAGAAGAUGAAACGUUGGCUUUUUUUUUUCCUUCCAAAAAAAUGGACCUGAGGUUCAGUACCUCCAUAACUGGCCGUGACUUGGUGCACCUUUAACUGGACAGCUAUCAGAUCAACAUUUGGAGACGAGGAAACGACUCCAAAAGAAAUCCUACAAUUGUCUGUUUGCAUGUUUUCCAAACAGAGGCUAAGGAAAGACUAAUUGCCAAAAUAAGUCGUUUGCAGUGCCUUGCAAAAAUAUUCAUACCCCUGACAACCUCUUGUCACGUAACAAAAAGUUUGUAGAUUAAGUGAAGCUGAAUAGCUUUUCACUUUUUAAAAAAAACAAAUCUGAAGUUUGGUUUUCAUUUGUAUCCACUCCUCUUUUAUUCAGAUACCCUUAAAUAAAAUCCUAAGUCGCCUUCAGAAAUGAUCUAAUUAGUAAAUAGAGAAGCUGUUGAUGCCACAGCUAUUAAUCGUUAAUUUUACAAAUCUUGCUUUUAUGAACGAAGAAGCAACAGAAAAGUCAGCUUUGAGCAAAAAUAAAAACACAAGUCAGUUUUGUCGUUUGUAACAGGCCAAGGAGGUUUUCACCAAGAGAGAACAAAUGGGCAGAUUUCUUAUAGAGCUGAGCUGUGUAGAUUGAUUAUCUCUAUUAAUACCAUAUAAAUACCAUAUAAAUUUAAAAUGGUAUGCGUGUCAGAAAACCAACACUGCAUGUGAACCUGAACACACAAUGCCCCUGUUGAAAGAUGGUAGUAUCAUGAUUUGGGGCAUGCUUUUCAACAAGGAAGCUGGUCAGAGUAAAAGAGAAAGAUUGAUGGAGCUAAAGACGGAGCAAACCUGGAAUAAAAUCUGUUAAGAUACUGAAAAACUCUUCAGAUUGGGGUGAAGGUUCACCUUCAGCAGCACAACAACCUUAAAGGCCCAUGCCUAAAUCUAAAACUGUGGUAAGACUUAACUUUCUUUUCAAAAACAUUAUGUCUGAAAUUUCACUGUGCAAUUUUGCAAAGAAUAAUGGGACAUUAUGUUCUCUAGAUGUGCAAAGCUAGUAAAGAGAUAACCCAUAAGAUUUCCUCCUGUAAUAACUUUAACAAGAGGCAACUCUCCAUGUUUUUACCUAAAGGUAUUAAUACUUUCGCAAGGCACUGUAUCAAUAAUUCUCAGCUUAUGAGCAUCUUAUGCUCCACUAACUUCCUCCAUGAGUUUUCAGGUAAAACGAGAAGCUACGUUGUUAUGGUUUUGGGAUCAUUUUUUAAAAGAAACCACUGAACUACGAAGCAGCAGAGACCGUAACUUAGUGUUUUAAAUGUCAGAACGACCAACGUACAUUCCACUCUACCUGUCCGUGUGCCCUCACCUCUUCCAAAGUGUGUAGAAGGUUUACUCUGUAUGUCUGCGAUUGUGUGAGUGUAAGAUAUUUUUAAAGGAAGCCAGAAUGUACAGUAUUUGUGUUUACAUUUAACGUAGGGGGGCAGUCGCGUCCACGCACACGUGUAGACUCCUCUUAGGUAGGCAGGUUUUACCUCUCAUCUCUUUCUACGACCUGUUGGCGGCCGCAGCCAGGCGGCGCGUUGUUGCCAGUUUUUAAGUCUUGCAUCGACAGGAAACGAGCACCUGCCCACUGUACGCACACCCAUUUGUAAAUAUGUGCAAAUUAUACUGAAUGUUAAAUGCAACCCAUGAAAGCUGUGUUAAAACAUUUAGUUUUGUUUCCACUAAUGAAUAGCCUCUGAUCUCUCGUCACAGCCUGCAUUUGCAAAGCCCUCUAAAACACAACUUCCUUUCAUGUGUCUCUACAUGUGGCUUAACAGCCCUGUCUUUCACUAAAUCUUUUGUACGUUUGUUGAUAGCCACCAAGCCUCUGAGAAAAAGCCCCCCCGACCCACCUACCACAAAAAAUAAAUUAAUAAAUAAAUAAAAAAAAAACUCUGAGGACCCUUUGCUGUACAUGAGAUUAAAGUUUUGGUUUGGGGUCCAAGAGGCUGUUUGUCUGAUGCUGUCAGUGUGAAUGAGGUCAGUUUGGUUUGUAUGAGGUUUGCACUUUGCCAGAUGCACUAUUGUUAUUACAAUAUGUACAGAGGGAGCAUCAGAUAUGAUCAAGAGGGGGUUAAAAAAAAAAAAAAAAGGAAAAAGAGGCAUCUUUCACCAUAUUUUUAGACACUAUCUUUUUGGACUGAGACAAUGGGGGG